UCGUGUUGAAGCUGGUUCGCCACUUUCUCCACGUUAUCCAAACUGAAGGCAAUGUCCCCUCGAAGGAAGGUGUUAAUAGGGUGCCCAAGUACGAUUGAUUCCUAGAUAUAUUUUUACCUUGAUCUAACACCAUCACAAAUUAUGGUACCGGCGAAUUGACCAUACGCGACCCGACUUUCACGACUUCUGCUUUGGACGGUUUCAGUAUGAGCGAAUCAUUAGCAGAUGUGUCUUUUCGCAAGCGAAAAUUUGUGGCCAAGCCGUGGGCUGCAAGCCGCCGCAUACUUCAAGGAACGGCAUUGAUCCGUACGGAGGCGGGUGGAGGUGGCGCCUCCGACUCUGACGACUCGGAGGCACUGCCGUUGGCCCAAGGGGCAGCUGAGGGCAUGCGCACUGAGGAGGCCUGCCAGCUGCCCUUUGAUGUGGUGGCUGAGCGGCUCGGCACAGACCUCCGCCGGGGCCUGUCCUGGCAUGAGGCCCACCGCCGUCUCCUCACUGGCGGGGCCAAUGAGUUUGAGGUGCGCCAGGAAGAGCCACUAUGUAAGAAGUACCUAGACCAGUUCAAGAAUCCACUCAUUGUGCUCCUUUUGGCAUCUGCAGUUGUCAGUGUCUGCAUGCAGCAGUUUGAUGAUGCGUUCAGCAUUACUGCUGCUAUCAUUAUUGUGGUGACAGUUGCCUUUGUUCAGGAAUAUCGUUCAGAAAAAUCGCUCGAAGAGUUGAAUAAAUUAGUACCCCCAACAUGCCAUUGCCUAAGAGGUGGCCAAGCAGAAACAUUUCUUGCAAAGAAUCUCGUGCCUGGUGAUAUUGUUAUUCUUAAUGUUGGAGAUCGUGUGCCAGCUGACAUCAGACUAUUCAGUGCUGUCGACCUAAUGAUUGAUGAGAGCAGUUUCACAGGUGAAACUGAACCAGCUGCCAAGGUGACUGCACCGCUGGAGAAAGCAGGCAAUGGCAUUGCCUCGAAGCUUAACCUGGCUUUUAUGGGCACACUUGUUCGUUAUGGCAAUGGCAGGGGGAUUGUAAUAAACACUGGAGAAAAAUCUGAGUUUGGAGACAUAUUCAAGAUGAUGCAAGCUGAAGAGGCACCGAAAACACCACUACAAAGGAGUAUGGACAGCUUAGGCAAACAGCUGUCAUUAUAUUCAUUUGGUAUUAUCGGUCUCAUCAUGCUUCUGGGCUGGAUCCAGGGCAGGCCCCUGCUUGAAAUGUUCAACAUUGGUGUCAGCCUUGCCGUGGCAGCUAUCCCUGAAGGUCUGCCUAUUGUGGUCACAGUCACCCUCGCCCUUGGAGUGAUGCGCAUGGCAAAGCGUAAGGCCAUCAUCAAGAAACUGCCAACUGUGGAAACUUUAGGUUGUGUGAAUGUAGUGUGCUCGGACAAGACAGGAACUUUGACGAAAAAUGAGAUGACUGUUUGCUCCAUCAUGACAUCAGAGCUUUACCAUGCUGAGGUUACAGGAGUUGGCUACAAUGCAGAUGGGCAUGUGAUUCUCACUGAGCCUGGAGAGAGAGAUGCCCAAAUGGAUUCAUUGAGGCUAUUUCUCGAGUGUGGCUCCAUCUGCAAUAAUGCUGAUAUAUUGGGAAAUGAGCUCAGAGGACAGCCAACAGAAGGGGCCUUGUUGGCCGCUGCUCACAAGAUGGGAAUUUACGAUGUGCGAAACCAUUAUGUGCGGCUUCAAGAGAUACCUUUCAGCUCUGAACAUAAAAUGAUGGCAGUGAAGGUCAUCCCCAAGUUUGGAGGGGAACAGGAGCAGUACUUUGUGAAAGGGGCACUGGAGAAAAUUUUGGCCCAUUGCACCCACUACAGUCACCACGGCAUACCAUUGCCAAUUACAACUGAACGCACAGCUCAGUAUAUCAAGGAGGCUCAGUUUAUGGGUCGCAAGGGUCUCAGAGUUCUCUCUUUGGCAAGCGGCACAAACCUCAACCAACUCAAGUUUCUGGGUUUAGUGGGCAUUAUGGACCCUCCCAGACCAGGAGUGCGUGACUCCAUUGAGACACUCCAUAGUAGUGGUGUCAAUGUCAAGAUGCUUACUGGCGACUCUGAAGAAACUGCCUGUACUGUUGCGGCUCGCCUUGGUCUCCAUGCUGUGGGCAACGUUGUGCUCUCUGGGGAUCACCUGGAUGCAAUGACCGACAGUGAGCUGCAGAGGAUCAUUGGAUCUGUGUCCGUGUUUUACAGGACAGGACCAGGGCAUAAGCUUCGUAUUGUAAAGGCUCUGCAGCGGAACAACUACAUUGUAGGAAUGACUGGUGAUGGUGUGAAUGAUGGAGUUGCUUUGAAGAAAGCUGACAUUGGUAUUGCUAUGGGCAAAAUUGGCACGGAUGUUUGUAAGGAAGCAGCUGACAUGAUUCUUGUUGAUGACGACUUCUCCACCAUCAUGGCAGCAAUUGAAGAAGGAAAAGGCAUAUUUUACAACAUCAGGAAUUUUGUUACAUUCCAGCUAAGCACGAGCAUUGCAGCUCUUUCUCUGAUUGCAUUGUCCACACUAAUGAAGAUUCCCAACCCUCUGAAUGCAAUGCAAAUUCUUUGGAUAAACAUCAUCAUGGAUGGACCACCAGCACAGAGUCUUGGUGUAGAGCCUGUGGACCAUGAUGUGUUGAAGCAGCCUCCACGCAACACCAAGCAGCCGAUGAUCACAAGAGAUCUUAUAUUCAAUGUGGUCUUGUCUUCGCUCAUCAUCAUUCUCGGAACCUUGUUUAUCUUCCGAAAAGAGAUGAGUGACCAAAUCGUAACACCAAGGGACACCACCAUGACAUUUACUUGCUUUGUCUUUUUUGACAUGUUCAAUGCAUUGAGCUGCAGAUCACAGACAAAAUCUGCAUUCACCAUUGGGCUCUGCAGCAACCGCAUGUUCCUUCUCGCAGUGGCCUUUUCAGUGAUAGGGCAAAUGCUGGUCAUCUACUUCCCACCACUGCAGAGGGUCUUUCAAACUGAAGCUCUGACUGCAUUAGAUAUUUGUCUCCUUGUUGGAGUAUCAUCAACUGUUUUUAUUGUAUCAGAGCUGAAGAAGUUCUUUGAAAGAAGCAUUUCGAGAAGGGUGCGGAAAAAGCAGUUUUUCGGCUCAGAUUUUGUUUAAAGUGCUGUGCUUUGACUGUUGUUUCUGUAGGCCCACGUUAGUCAAUGCAGUUUCUGGAUCCUUGAAUGCCUUUAUUUUUUAUGAAUUUUAAGUUGGCUGGCAGUUAUUAUUUUAAAAACAGCCUUUAUUUUUUAUUUAUAUUUUUUAUCUCAUUGUAGUGCAAAAGUGUCAAUGCACAAAAGCAUUCAGAUUAGGCAUGGAAGAGUUGCGUAGGGUUUGCAGCUCAUUCAUCAUGAACUAUGUAAAUAGUUUUUUGUAAAUAACUGCAAGUGGGCAAGAUCAUGUGAAGCUGCAGGGUGAAGAGCUGAGACACUUUGCCUUAUCAUGUAUGAUUUGCACAUUCAAAACUAACCAAUGGUUGUGGCAACAUUGUGGACAGGAAACCUGCAAAACUCUGGAUUCUUCCUUUCCUGUACUCUUUAUUUGACAAAGGUCCUCAAUGUUCCUCUCCCCCACUGCCCCUCCCCUUUUUUUUCUUAUAAUUUACUUACGUGAAUGUUUCAGUGAUAAGUGCAUUCAGACAUCUGCAACUUUUCAUUAUGCACAUGCUUUGCUAUUUUAGUGGAGCACAGCGACAGUAGUGCCUUGCAAGAUGCACAAUAGAGAACCAGCAGAAUCAUGCCCAUUCACACUGCAUAUUUCUCAAGUGAAAUGCGUUUUUCUUUUUUCUCUUCUUUACAUGCCAAGAGGACAUUUAAUUUAUUACAAAUCAUGAUUCACUGACUCCAGUGUUUAAGUUCUUGGCAAGAAUACAAUUUAGUAUCCAUGCACAAAAUAGUAGCUGAUGGUGUCAGAAUGCAAGAAUGUGAUGUUCAGUUAUUUAGCCGUUAUUUGUAUUUUCUUUGGAGACUUUUCUUCUGGCUGUUUGCAAUUCUGUAAUGUCUGUAAUCUGGAAUAGCUGUGUUGAUAAGGCUUGUCCUCGCAUCUAUGUUUUAAGACUACAGCAAGCUCUCACUUCUAUUCUUGACCUUUCAAGUACCAUGCCCAAUUGUGUUAUGGAGCACUUCCCUAUAUUUACUCCUACUCCCUGCGCAUUCUUGGCUGCAUUCGAGCUCAAAGAAAAUUAUGCAUUGAUUGUACAAGAUUUCCAGGAGUUCCUAAAGUAAACACUCUGGAAGUUUCAUGUUUGAAUGACAAAUACAGAGUAUCGAUACUGCACUUGUGGCUAAAGUGCCCUAUUGUGGUACAUCAAUGCCUCUUUUGGAUGCACAUUUUAAAGGAUGAUAAUAUCCAGAAAAAAAAAAUUAUUUAGAUUUGAAAACUGACAGUUCUGACUGUGUCAGUUCAGAUAGCAAGCUCUCUGAGGACUGCUCGUGUUGGAACUGAGUCAAGCAAGUAUAUUUCAGCUGAGUGGAGCAGGCUGAAUAUGAAUUCCUUAGUGAAUAUUUGUGUGGUAUAUGUCCCUAGGUAAAUCAGUAUAUUUCCAGAAGGAUAGCUGUGCACAAGAAAAAAAACAAAGCAUGGAAGCCUGGAAUAGUCUGUGCUGAAGACAGGCUGCAAAACUAGCACCUCUACAUUGAUGAAAUGUUCUCUGCAGUGCCUAUGCACAGCUUUUGGCAGAUGGUGUGUGAGUAGAAUGGAAUCGUGUAUUUAGUAGCUAGGCGUCAAUGGAAUUACACUUCUUUGAGCCAUUCAGCAGUAAAGACUGUAUAAUGUUGCCAUAUAUCUUAUGAUAUCUGUGUGAAACUUAGUUUAAUUGGAAAACAGGGAUAGUACAUUGAUCUUCAUUAAGUAUGACACUGUCAAAUGUUCUUUAUUGCAUGCAAAAAAAUUUCAUGCAGGUUGCAUAGGGCAAAUUACAUUACAUACACAGUCCGUCAGCUUUGUUUGACAUUUAGUGAAGUUAUAGAACCAGACCAUAUGUCAAGGGCAGAUUUCCAUGGCACAUGGUGCUGCAGUGGCAGACUAGUACCAUUUGUACCAGUGACAUUUUUACUACUUCCAACUACAAAAUUGUAACUUCUUUCUCUCUCUCUUUCUCCUCACUCUUAGUUGUCACGAGUGCCUUAAACAGAGAAAAGAAAAUUUCUCAAUGUUACCUAUGUGUCAGAGAAGAUGUGAAUGAACCUGGGUUUUGCGAAGGUUGUUUGUACACCGGUCAUUACUGAGGCUUUCACACAGGACACCGUAUAAAUUUAUUUCAUAUAAAUAAAUGUGCAGUUAAACAUUUUCAAGGUACAAUUCAAUGUAACUAAGUGACACGGGCCAAUUCUCUGUGUCCUGUUGUGGCCCAGUAAAGGAAGUUGGCUGCUGCCGACGGCGGCGCACGGUGAAUUGAUGACGCAAGAGGUGGCGGCGCCAUACAGGCUUGAAAUAAAAAUUUGGUUAGACUGCUAACUCCUUACCACAUGGUGUAUCAUAAUAUGGUACACAAAGACCAACUUCUUCAAACAUAACAGAAUUGGAUUGAAAUAAAAUCUUACAUAUUUACCCAGAAUCUGUGUAUAACUCUGGAAUCUUGGCCGCUCAUCACACAAUGUGCAAAAAGUUCAUAAAGUUCUUUUUUCACCACAGUUUACAUGCCUGAAAUCAAUGUACAAAAAACACCAAUGUUUGCUGUAUAUCAGCCUACUGUGAUGUUUUAAAUGACAAAGACAUUCAGGUGGUUCAUUAAGUACUAGUAUAUCACAUAUCAUACAGCAUGCAGUUAUGGGUUAUUUUGUAGAAGGGAGCAGGUAUUUGUUUGCUCAUGACAGAACAAAUUUAGUGACCAAUUAGAAUGUUUCUAUGGGCUAUACUAUUUCUUAACACUAUUAUGCUAUUUCUUAGCACUAUUACUGUAGCAAAUAUGUCAGAAAAUGAAAAUGCCAGCAGUGUUUACGAUAAACAGAGUGGGGCCUGCUGUGUUUCAAGGGCUAAUGACAACAGCAGCAGCAGAUAACUCUUGGGAAGAGAAUUAAGGUUGAUUUUCAGCUUGCGCCAAGUUCGUAAAGACUGCAAACCAAAUAUUUACGCAAAAGAAAGCGCUAUAAACGACUCAGCCUAGAUACGGAUGCUAUCAAUUAGUCAAGGGCAACAUCAUCAAAUUUAACUCUUUCAGGGUCAAUUUUUUUUGCCAUAUGCGAUCGCCCAGGGUUGAUUUUUUUUAUUGCACAUUCCAAUAAUUCUGAGGGACCUAUUUUGAAAAAUAUUAACCGUAAUUUUUCUAGGUGGAUCGUAAAGUGAGAAAAAAAUAUUUUGCAUUGUUAUAUAUGUACUCUUUAUUCAUGAAUAACAACAGUAAAAAAGAAAAUAAAGUUAUCAGAAUUAACAAUUUGAUCCAUUGUUAUCCACAUAGUUCAAGGCUUAUAAAAUGCGCACACGAGAAUAUUUCGCAAGUCUCAAAUGUUCCUGCUCUUACACUCAUAUUUAUGCCUAUAGCGUAAUCAAACUGCGUAGGUAAGCACACUCAAGAAAACGGUGUGGUUAUGUGCCCGUCAAAAAAGCAAAACAUGUGACAAACUUCCGGUAAUCUUCACGUUAUCACGAUCCAGAGGCAAUUAGUUUUCACGAGUCUCAGAAAAAAAAAAAAGGGAAACGUAUGCAUGGCGGCAUCCUUCCUAUGCGCACCCCUGUGAGCACUAAACGAGCGAGAAACAGGCGGUCGCCCUUUGAGCGAUUAGUAACAAGAUAGUUAUCAGUUUUGUGAGCGCAAGAAGCCAAAGCCGCCUGCAGAACAAAACCCAAAGCGCCGCCUGACCGCACGCGUGCCAAUGUGUGAGCAGUAGUAUAUAGACACGCCGGAGCAAAUUAGCUCUAAAACAAACCAUGCUACGAAAGGCGAGGUAGGGAUGCUCGCGAAAAAAAUUCCCUGUAUUCCUACAUAGUGGCAGCACAUCCCAGGAAACAAAAAGUUAGAAAAUUGGCCCGCUUUUUAACCAUAAAGACGGCACCGUAAAUAUACGGCAUCAGCCAUUUUGGACUUGUUCGCGGCGCCGUAUAUCUACGUCAUUGGCCCUGAAAGGGUUAAAGAAACUUGUACUUGCUGGUGCUGCGAGGAAUGCAGUCCAUUUUUUACAGCAAAGCUUUUAACUGUUUCAAUGUUCCUGAUAUAUUUUGCAGCUUUUUUGCGAUUUGAAUGUCUCUUUGUAUAUGUACGAGAAGAAAGGGGGUUAACCGAGGGGCCCGAUUUUUAUUAGUCAUAUCGUAAGAAGCCAACAAACACUGACACCAAGGACAACAUAGGGGAAAUUACUUGUGUUUAAUGAAUGAAAUAAAGAAACGAUAAAGUAAUGGAAAUUAAAGUGGAUGAAAAAACAACUUGCCGCAGGUGAAAACCGAACCCACAAUCUUCGCAUUUCGCGUUCUCACGUUCUCGUGACACCUGCGGCAAAAAAGACGUUCCACGUCCGCUGCCAAGGUCUGUGAGUGGUGGCGCUGGCGAACACUCCCAGGGUUCUACUAGGACACAUAAAUACCCAAGAAAGUGGAUGGGAACACGACGCCGCGGUAGCUCAAUUGGUAGAGCAUCGCACGCGAAAUGCGAAGAUUGUGGGUUCGGUUCCCACGUGCGGCAAGUUGUUUUUUCAUCCACUUUAAUUUCCAUUACUUUAUCGUUUCUUUAUUUCAUUCAUUAAGCACAAGUAAUUUCCCCUAUGUUGUCCUUGGUGUCAGUGUUUGUAGGCUUCUUAUGAUCUUUGUAUAUGUGCACGAUGUGUCGUUAACUGCAUGGUGUAUCGUAUAUGAUCUGCAACAACUUUCGCUCAUCAAAUCUCAGCCUCACAUUUCUUUAGAACGUUAAGGUUUGUUUGAGCAUAUUUGACCUAAACAAAGGCUUGUCUAAUUCUGUCAUUAGAAAAUUUAAAUUAAUGUAAUAAGGGAUUAAAUAAACCAUUUGGAGCUUUUGGCGCAUGUGGAGAAUAUUUGGUGGAAUGGCAGAACUUCCCAUGCACCUCAUUCGAUGUUACGUGUACACAAAUCCCAGUGCUGGUGACAUGACUGCCCUAAUGUUGCACAUAUUGCGCUUGUUACAAUGAGCCUCGUUUCUUCCACCAUUGACUAGGUUCCUAAAGUUCAGCCAUUUGAAGCAUUACAACAAAACAUGAGAUGCUGUAACUUUUUUUUUCUCUGCUUACGAAGUAACGGUGACAAGUUGUUAAUUGUUUGCUGCCUGCUGUGUCAUAAUUUUUUUAUGCAAAGCAUUCUUUGGCUUAUUCAAGGCACUUUGCUGUAGGUAGGUUCCUGUCUCACAUAAUUUAGGGCCUUUUCAAUUAAAAAGAAGAACUUCACUUGUUCGAUCAUGGAAUGGAACCUUGGGUCCCCCAGCACAGCAGCUCGAUGCUCUAACCAUUAGGCAACGAUUGCCCGGACACUUCUCUUGUGCCAACACCAAAUGGCUAUUUAAGCAUGUGCAACAUCGCAUAGCACAAGCAAAAGCAUGUGUGCAUGCAUGUACCAGUUUCCAUUCGGCUUCAGUCUUGCCACUGUCUUUCACGUGCAUCACAUCGCAUAGCAACAAGCUGCCAACUAAAGCGGGAGCAUGCCAGUUUCUCUCAUUCUUCUUUUAUGGCAGCCAGUGCUUUGAGACAUGUUGUUGCCAGUGCUAGACUGCACUGGCAACAACAUGUUUGGCAACAACUCCGGAUUGCUGCACAUUCCUUAGUCCUUUCUUUGUAGCAGUUAACUCUACGUAGAUUUGUGACAUCGUAACACCUUCAGUAUUAGCCCAGGUCUUUAUGGAACAGGUUGUAACAGGUCGUCUUAAUAUGAAAAAAAAAACAGUCAUCAUUUUAUUAUCCGCGCAAUUAUCUUACUGCUGUUGUGACACACACGUUUGUCACAUACACAAUUUCUUAACUUACAUAAACAUGUUGGUCCAUCAGGUAAUGCUUUGCAGAGCUGCAAAUGAGGCUAGAUAGCUAGCUGCAUGCAGAAUUCUUUGCAUUACAUUGAUUCCCACUGCAUGUGGGAUCUGCAUAAUUCUGAUCUCCUUUUGUUUUUGGCAUUUUCCUACAGAUUAAGCUAACGUAAAAUUUUUUUUUUAAGUUUCAUUAUUUGCAACCUAGCUCAUUUUAUUUUUUUGUUGGCUGGUUGUACUUGGCCAGUCAUUACCACAAUGUGAUAUGGAAGGUGGCACUGCCACCAACCUUUUCUGUUUUUGUCACAUCUGGCCUAAUCGUACUUAUGAAAGUGGCCUAUAUGCUACUUGAGAAAUGUGCCCUAUUAGCCAAGAGAUCUUUGAGUGGGACUCCAAAGCUGUAACCAUAAAGUGACCCUUGGGCUAAAGUGAUAAUUGUAUUCUAGUCAGGGUGUCACAACGGAAUGUUUUUCUUUCUAGUUUUAGUUUCAUUCCUCUGAAAAAAUUUCUGCUUUGGUUCUGCUCCAGAUCGGAAAAAAGAUUAUCUGUAACGGUUUGUAAUGGUUUUUGUUUGCAUGGAAAAUUUUUUGAAGUAAAGUAACGAUCAAAACAUGCUAUUUUUUGCAAUAAGUGAAUUAUUCGCAGAUCAUGCUUUGUGCUUUGAGUCAAGGCAUUGAGCAUGAUCUCAGAAGCAGCACGUUGAGUGUACUCACCGAAAUGCUAGACUGCUGUUAUGAUAAAACUAACUUCAGCGCCGAGAAGGCCCUCUCCAUGCUGACGUGCGGCUGGCACACCAAGGGCUACUUGCGAUAAUAUGUACAGCUCUGGUUGCUGCUUUCUUCGCUCUUCCCAAAAUUUAAACGCAUUCGUGCCCUCUGGAAGGUGUGGCUCUUUGUCAAGCAUUUCCUGCAAGCAUGCAAUGUUCACUAAGCCUAGCUUACUUGUCAAAUGUGAACGAGCUCCAGCCUCAGCUUCUUUUGUCUUGAGAAAUGCUUCAAAGGCAUCUUCUGGUUCCUCUGGAGUUAGGGCAGCCGUGCUUUCUGGAAUACAGCUGUUACCCUUCUUUUGCUGAAGGCCUGUAAUUCAUUUCUAGGUUUUGCUCAGGUGCAUCUUUGCUUGACAUUUCUGGUCAGUGGAAAGGAGAAGGCGAUAGCGAUGGUCCAUGUACAGUGCUGCACGAAAAAAUAUCUGUAUUGCAGAGAUCUCGCUUUCACUUCUUCAUGGGUGAACCAGAGUUUGUGCAAAUGGAAUCGGUAUCAUUGAGGUCCUCAUACAACACGUCAACCAUACACCAUAGAAAUAAUCAAUUGUGAGUUGUUCGCUUUGAAGAUCUUUGUGGCUUGUGCCGGCUGAAAGGAUUGUACGAGUAUUUCUGCUUGUGCUCACAUGCUACCAGUCCAUCUUGUGGUCCCUUCGUCCGAUAGAAAGUCCUCAUUGAAGUCCUUUAGUUCAAUCAACGUGGUUAACAUGUUCAACGUCAAUAUCCAUCGUGUCGGGCAAUCGAUGACAGGCUUCUUUAGCCCUAGCUUCCUUAUCAAGCCCAUAGCACUUUUACGCGGAGUUUCUUCACAAGCGCACGACACUCUGAGACGAUAGUGUAGGCACCUGACUCUUUAAGAGCAUCGAUAACGGCCAGUUGCAGUGUGUGCACAGCACACAUGACACCUAACAUAAAGUCUGCGUCAUCAAGACUAAGGCGCUGGGCAUGGCAUCUUCUGAGUCAUGUAGCAGAGAGUUGUAAUAUCGAAAUUCAGGGUUGCUGCUAUCGGCGUCUUCGUCUGAGCUGGAAGCGUCAGUUUUGUCGUCUGUUUUGCUGAGAACGCGACAGCCUUUAGCAUGUGUGCACUAUUAUCAGUUGUGAUGCUGUACACCUGGGUGACACUGAAGUCAUAGCGACAUAGCAUGCUUUUCACCUGUAAUUUCCGAUGUUCAGCAGUGUGUCCGUCGAAAAGUUCCUUCAUGGCCAGUAGUUGAAUAAUUAGUCUUCCAUUUUCUGCCUGCUGUACAUUGAUGCCAAGCAGAGCUCUGUCAAGUCUCCAUGUGCAGUCACUUUUUAAAGAAAGCAUCCAUUUUCUAAGUGACUGAGAAAUUUCCUCUCGCGUGCUCUUCACUUCUUUGUGGACUCUGUCCUUAACAGUCUCUGCUAUGAUAGACCGUUUGGCACCUAGUGCUUUUAGGACAGGAUCAGUUACUUUGCGAAAGCCAAAGUCAUUGACAAGCAGAAAUGGCCAACUGUUUCUCGUGACUAGUUCGAUGCAACUGUUCAUUAUGCUGUUCACUGUUAUAUCGAGUGAAACGCACUUCCACGAAGUAUUCUGAAGCAUGCGUUGCAUAUCCACUUGCCUGAGCUUUGCCGUAGGAAAGCCUUCAGCCUCGUCCGAUAUGAAGCACUUUGUGGACUUGGCUCUCUCGGCGAGAAUUUUGUCAUACACCUCCUUGUCGCGCUGCUGCAGAUGACAUUACAGGUGUUCAUCGUGGUCGCCUGAAACUGCGUGCUGGGAGUCAUCAAUCUGGCAUGUUGAUUUGUUUGAGACAGUGUCAUACUUGAAAUAUCUUUGAGCGCGAUUGGUUCUGUCGCAUUCCAUUUGGGCGAGCUGUAAACUUCCCUUACCAUGACCUGUAGAAAACGAAACAAUAAGCUCUGCUGCGCGUAAACACCUGCUCCGAGCUCUGCUACGAUUCCUAUCUGUUAGUGCUGCUACUGCUAGUGCAUUGAGCGGCAUGGUUUGAUUAGUGGCAUGUUAAGCCAGCUGUCGCUCACAUUAUCCCUGUUUGAGAUACACGCUGAUGCUGACGCUGAUGCUGAUGUUGCCCGACGUCGGUUGUUUCGGAUUGCCAAUUUUCCCCUUGAACCGAAAACUGAUAUAAAAUAUUUCAGUUUCACUUCAAAAUAAAAUAAUGUUUCGGCUGUUUUCAUUCCAAUCGAAAAUAUAGAUAUUUUUUCAUUCUUGGUUUUCAUUUCGUUCUGACACACUGAUUCUAGUCCUAGUCACUCUUUAGUUAUUGGCUCAAGCAAUAUUAACUGUGAUUACCUUUGUGGUGCAGGAAAAAACAAAAAUGGCACAAAAUUGGAAUGGAAAAAAUUUUCUCCUCAAAUGCCACCCCAAAUGCAGUCAUACCUUAAUUCUUUAUGCCUAUUCUGAAAGAUCUCAUGUCACUGUAAUAAUUGAAUAGAAUGAAAAUUUUUACGCACAUUCAAAAUGCUGUUGCAGAUAAAUCUCCAAGGCAUUCCAUUGAUGAUUUGCAUGACCUUUGGCCUGCACACUCUAGUGCAAAGCUUAUAGUUCCUCAGCUCUCAUAUUAAUUUUGUUAGACAAUUGCCUAAAUCUGUCAACAAUAGGGUUUUUUAAGUAGUGGAAACUAAAUUAGCAGAUGCUAUAGGUUAUGCAUACAAAAGUACCCAACCAAGAGUGGGCAUAUACACUCUCACUGACCUUGAUUUUGGGGUAUCGCAAGCCGUUUGCACCCCUUAUUUCUAAAACUCCAAUGCUGAAAAUGGCUAUAAAGAGAGGAGGAUGUGGUGAAUAGACGUAGGUAGCAUUCAAAGAUGCAUGUGCUGUUGCAGACAGCUGUAGUAGAAGAGGCAGCAGUGAAAGAAUGUCAGAAAAAGUGGUCCAGCAUUUCUUUUCAGCAGUGUCCUGUAGUGACUUGGGUGCAUUCAGGUAACAUGACUGCAGGUAAAUCGGUGUCAAUACUGAACACUGAACAAACAGGCUAUGGCUUGCCAUUUCAAGAAUGAGUGCACAGUAUGGUUCAGCAUACUUUUUGUUAAUUAGAUGUUUUGUAGUCUGACUUGGGCCAAAUUAAUUUGCAUUUAGGCACUUUUAUUUCAUUAAGGUGCCAGUGUCUGGUUCCAUUAUUUGCAAGUUAAUGGCAAGUUACAAAGGCAAGAUUCAAUAAAAUCCCUCUUAAUGCUAAUCACAAGAUCUUUGUCAGCUUUAUAGGUCAAGUUUUUUUUUUUCUUUGGAACACGUACCGUCGCUGGACACAUUUAUUUUAUUAUAGGUUGCAGUAUAUUUGCUUUGUGUGCCCACUUAAUCCUGCCAUUACAGACGUGGGGGCUUUAAGCAUGACAAGGGUUUAUGGUGUGCAUGCCAUAUUGCAUGUGGGCGCGCCUUCAUAGCAUGUUUUUUUUUUUUUCGUUGUUGUUGUUGUAGUGUUUUUCUUGUGUCAUGCCUUUCUCAAAAUAUGCAGUAUUUGGGCAUCUUAACAAAGUUGACUACAUCUCAUUGCAACAUGUUGCAAACCAUUUGGAGCAAACUACAGCAAGAAAUGUUUUAUAAUGGACUAGCUUGGUUUCUCAUUCUCAAACAUGGUUUGUAGCAAUCCUUGAAAAAUAUUGAAAAGAAAUGUUUCCUGUCCUUGUCUACCAAAGCACCAUUUUCUAGACCUUGAAAAGGCUUAAAUUUUAGAGUGCUUAUAAGCUCCUGGCUUUUUUCUCUUCUUUUUUGAGAAUUUUGUUUGCACAUCUGGCUUUUCCUUCAUCUGGCUUCCCUUUGUACUGUGAUGAUAAAAAAAUUGCGUCUGUGCAUGUGUUAAGCACAAUCUCUCUUUGUAUAAACGCUUUCUCAGACCCUUGGAAGUUACAGGAACUGCUAUGAACCCUGUGAAAUAUCCAGCACAAUAACUACUACCCCAUCAAGUAUCCUACGAUGAGCUUAUAUCAAGGCCUUGCUCUGUCUGAAGCUGGCUAUAGCAAAGUGAUUUGUCAUCCUUGUAAAACUCUUUACAACUUGGCCAUGCAGCAUGUGCAGUUAUCUCAGUCGAGAGAUUUUACAUUGUAGCGUAACACAUUUCAUUUUAAAGAAACACUGGUAAUGUUUGUGCUAAGCUCAUUUUCCAGACAGACAAAAAGCCAACUAUAGCUGGUAAACGUAAUUUAGCUUUAGUGUUACUUCAUGUAGUUGUGCACUGUAGACCCAAGUUCCCUUGCUAGUAAACUUCUGUGUAUUCAUACUAGUAUUGGCUACUGGGCUUGUCCUUUGUUGUCAUUCCAUUCUCCUUUAUAUUUAGUUGUGUUCAGCUUCUAACUUUUUACCUAGCCACAUUAUACAAGAAGUGCAGUGUUCUUGAACUGCUCCUUAUGUAGUGGUCAUGGGAGUUCUAAAUUAAUACAUGUGCUCCCACAAAGUGAGAGCUUGCUGUUUAUGUAUAGAGCAAGAGAAUGUAUUCAAGGUGAAUAGCAUAAAUAUUAUACCAGGUGUCUCUUUUUAUUCGUAACACUUCUAAAGAAACUGGCGUAUUUGGGCCUCAGCCGUUUUCGCAUAUCUGCAAAAACGGCAAAACAUUUUAAUUACUGACUUUAGGACAUAUGUUGUAUUUGCGAAAUUGAAGCCAAAGAGUAGUGAAGUCAUGUCUGCUUAGCAGAAAUCUUAUAACUAGUACCACUUUUGUGAUAUCUGUCACCAAAAUCUGCUAAUAUACCUUGGCGUUUGAGUUAAGAUUGUCCUGAAAUGUCAGAGGCACGCUUUAUGGAAAAGUUAACUAGAACGCGAGUGUAUUUCGUAGCACAUUUUAAGGUCUCAUGAUCUCAAAAGUGGUGCUCGUUGCAUAAAAAAAAUACACCUGUUAUAAUGCUGCUUUUAUAUGGAAGUCUAUGGAUUUUACUAGCUUUUAGUUGCACAGUUGCUGUCCUACUGUCCACUAAGAAAUAGUGUAUUUGAUUUUUUUCCUGCGUAGUUCUUUUUGCAGAAAGAAUUUAGGAUGAAAUGAAUUAUUCAGCUUCUGUGCUGACAUUUUUUGUCUUAAUUUUAUUGCAAUUUUUGACAUUGUUCUACAAUGUCAAAUCGCCCACGUUCGGCUACUUCAGGCAAAAUAACACCAUUUUGUCAAACAUUAAACAUGAAAUUCAUCAUGCUUUAUGAUAGCAGAAUAUUUAUCAUGAUGAACAAACAUGUCUUGCUCAUCUGAAAAAUCAAGUUUGUGAAGUCACUUUCAUGUGUGUUAAAUUUUCAUUCUGGGAAUUUUUUUUUUUUUAUGUUAGCAUAGGAGAAGAAUGAAGAAUUGCUGACAUACCAAUUUCAGCUUUUUUAGGUUUACUGCACUGCUUUGGUGACAAAAAAAUACAAGAAAGAAUGAAGACAUACAACUCCAAACUGAAUUUUUUACUAGGAUGUGUACGUCAGAUAUACUGUAGAACCUUGUUCGUACGUUCUGGAAAAAAAAAACGCAAGAAAACACAUACUAUCUGGAAAGACGCACGUUCCUAAGUCGCAAAAAAUUUGGCCGGCUCAAUUGUAAUUGACGUAUACAUAAUGUGAAAUGUGCGAAUCGUUGCGGCAGGAGACACGAGACGCGUUUUGUUUUCCUAUUUCGUUGUGUUUUAAGGCGGUGACGGGAAACCGAAACGAAAUUGAAUUGGUGGGCGACGCCGGAUGUCACCAUAACGAAACGCGACUCUCGCAUCGUGCUGCCAGCAGCAGGGAACGGCGGCGCGUUUGGGUUAUCGCCUACUUUUUAAAAAACGUGCAGUAUGCUUUCAAUGGCACUACACCCCACGUGCUGUCAAGCAAGAAGAUGAAUAUGAUUACCACAAUGGGGUUUGGAGGCGAUAGCUGUGAAUGCGGCGUGCAAGGACCCGGGAGCAGAUUUGCUGGUACUGGAAUAAGAAACUGAGUGAGCACCAGCGUUUCCAUGUAGUACGGGCGAGCGAGUAUUGCAGGGUAGCUGAUGCAGUGGGCAGCUACUGUUCUCGAUUGCGCAUGCCUCGUGCCUUGUUUACAUGGUGUCCAGCAGACAGAAGACUUAUAUGAUCACAGUCUAGAGCAGGGAAUGGCAGCGCGUUUGGGUUCUCGCCAAUCAAAAGCGUGCAGUACGCUUUUAAUUGUACUGAAUGUACUGAACAUUGGUGCCGAAAUAUCGUGUUUUCCGGGAACGUAUGAACCGGUAAAAAAAUAAGCGUAGCUUUAUGGGUUCUUUGUGUGUGUAUGUGUGUGUUCUCAAUCACGAAUGUUGGUGCCGGGAAAUCAUACAUAACGGGAUUAUAUCAGCGAGGUUCUACACUAUAUGACAUGAAAGAAGGAACUGAAAAAUCAUCAUAGUAAAAGUAAUUCUUAGUGGUUUUUUGCGUGGUCACAGGUGGCAAUUUCCAGCUAUUAUUUACGUGUAAAUAUAAAAGCAGGUAUUUCAAAGCCACUGAUUGUGUGUUCACAUCACUUCCUAGUGCAUUCCUUGGCAUUAAUUGUACUUGCAUUAUCUCGUUUGCAGUCUUUGAGCCACAUUGAACCAAGGUCUGAAUUUUCCUAAAAAUAUGUUCAGGUCAGCAGCAUACAUAGUAUGCCGGUAAAUUUUCCAAAGUCUCUAGCAUACCGGCAGCAUGCCUAUGUUCCCUUAGGCCAAUAUAAAUAUGCCUUUCUGCCCUACGACUUCCUUCAAGCAAAAAAUAUUUAAUAUAUCUCAUUAUAUACGCUUGGCAAUUUUAUUUGUGUGACUUAUAGCAGAUUUGCUUUUACCAUGUACUAGGUACUAUGGAACAACUAACUGUCUUCUUCCCUAUAGAAACACAUAGAUACAUUAAUUGGGUGUGUAGAGGAUGUUGUGUAUAAGAUACCAUUCACUUACAAGAUACGCAUAUAUGACUUUACUGCGCACAUAACAGCAGGACACAAAACUGUGAUUUCUGUAGAACACAGAAUGCACAAAACUGUCUCUGUACUGCCUUUCAUGUGAAUUUGCAAUGCAGCAAGAAGGAAGGAUGGCAGAAAGGGGGGGGGGGGGCGAGUCCGUACUGUAAAAGAAAUGUCACGUGGGCCCUUGGCUUUGAUAUGAGAGAAUGCCAGAGAAAAAUGUCACUUACAAGCACUGGUCGAGGCAGUAGGAGAGAGUUUUUGCCAUAAGGAUGAUACCUUGCCUCUUCACAUGAUGACCUUGCAAGAUUUGAUUUGCUUCUCUCUCUCCUACUACUGGACACUUUUAUAAUUUGUUGCGGUUAAACGCUUUCUACAUGGCACUACAAACUUUUAAUGUAUGACUAAGGUUUCUGAUGGGGCUUGGUGAGGGCCCUUUUAAGGUAAGAAACGCGCUACACUGUCAGUGGCAUAGUUAAAAGCAGUUUUGAAAUUUAUGAGCACUAGCAGGAAACUGCCGUGUGUGCCGGAACAAAACCAUUACUGAUGACUUUUACUGUACCCAUUGGGUUUACGCUUGCAUGGCCGUGUGUCUUCCUUUAUUGUAUUGCAUUUCAUAUCACCAAAGCACUGCAGUAAAUUCAGUAUGUACCAACGAGCACUUGCUGAAUUUUUGUUAAUUUUAAUGCAUGUUAAAGGACCUCUCAUCAUUGAUGUUGAUUCAGAAUGCGCCACUACAGCAUCCCUCAUAGCCCAGAUGUUGCUUUUGGAUGUUAACCUUGAUCACGUAAUUAUUAACAGAAUGUCAUUGCAUAGCACAUGGCAACAAAGGAGGGUAUACAAUUUCACUGUGGCCCUCUUACCACUGUGUGCUAUAUCACUGUGCCAGUCUAUGGUAAAAAAUUGUACUCACAGUCAGUUUGCCCAAAUUUCUGUCCUGCAACUAUGCUCUUUUUAUUUCCUGGAUAAAGAAAUGCUAUAUAUAUUGUAGUGUGUUUAACAUUUCAUUGGCUGUGCAUACCAUAAAUGCAUGCAGCAGGAAAAGUUUGCUGCAGUAAUUGCUUGGAUGUAGCACAUACUGGUUUAAUGUGGCAUUCUUAUUAAAGAUGAAAAUGAAAUGGCAUGAAAACAGGACAGAGAUAACGGACACACACACCAAGAACUAUUUCUAUGAUUGCAUUGUCUUUGCCACAUCUCCUUUUCAUCUGUAUUUUCCUACCAACAAUUCACAUGAACUCUAUUUUGCAAUGCUUUUAUGCCCUGUACCAAUAAUUCCUGAAAAGUGUGAUGUUGUGCAACCGGUAUGUCUAGUUUUCUAGAGUUUAUUUAGGUGUGCACAAUUCAGUGAACUUUGGUUAUACAGCAAUGAUUUACAGCAAACACCAUCGUAACCAAAUUUUGUGCCAUCAAAGCAGAUGUGAUAGUGCACCCUUGAAGCUUUUUCAAGGAGGUAUAGCACCAUACAGAAUUUCCAGAUGCUGCCUUUACAGUGUGAUUUGUGAUUACGCCAUAAAAUGUUGCAAUACAUUUUUACUGCUGUAUGUAGAGUAGCAUUGUUCUGCACAGAAGCCUUGCCUUGAACUGCUGUGAAGAUACCUCGCAUGUGCCACAUUGUAGUUUGUGUGGUAACCAAACUAAACUGAUCUUGUGCUUGCUGGUUGCUGCCCAAACUCUAGUAUGUUGCAAAAGUAUGUGAAAGAUUGCAUAGAAAAGAAAAUACUUAUUUCUACCCAGCACAUAUGCUCAGCUAUGCUGCACGGUUGUUGAAAAAAAAAAAUGGUUAGAUAGCAUUGUGUCAGCAAAAAGUGUUUUGGCUUUAUUGUGCACUGAAUCUCGCAUGAUACCUGCAAUUUUUUACAUUGUGAUUAAAAUAAUUUAUGCAUAAUA